GAAAAUUGUUCAGUUUAAAUCAGCCGGAGGCUAGUACUUUCGUUUGGCGUCACCAGGUAUGUACAGGUAUCAAGAGAGCUGUGCACGUGUGGUGUGCACGCCGGUACACGCACACGCAUAUGACGCCUAACAUACGACAACGUGAACGUGAAGCCCGAGAGGGCCUUUCAGUCCAUGCCGAGACCGCGCGCAGUGUAGACCCCGCGAUUUCCGAAACGGAGACUCUGUCAUCGCGAUCGAGGAAACGGAGUCGCGCGCGCGCGACCGUGAGGAUCCGUCUCGCGCCGCCGAAUGCGAAGGCUCGAAGGACGAUCGAUGACCCUGGACAUCGAUCUCGCGCUCGACUGAUCGGCUAUUUUUCCGCCUAGAGAUUCGAGACGAGAUGCUGUCAUGCGAGAUGCGGCGUCCUUUACUUCUACGUCGAACCGCCGCGCUUGAAAUUGCAAAUGAUGAUACAGCUAAACAAGUACAAGUUCUCUGUGAGAAGGGAAGUCACUGAGAUUUUAUUUAAAAAGUGUCCAGGAAAGAGUGAUGCCUCGUGAAAAAUCUCGUGCCGAAUGCUGGAAAAUAAUUAUAUAUCCGUAAGAGUGCUAUCUAAAUCUCUACUCUGAGAUUAAUUUCUAAAUUUGGGAGAAUAUUAAAUGAAAAUUUAUUUAUUAAAACAUUGGACUCUCCAAAUGUUUUCUACAAGGGAAAAUUAUUUCGACGGAACUCACAGGAUUUGCUCCUGUAAAGGAAGCGACAGGAGAGAUUUAAAUUUCCGACGACAUUAUCUGCGACGAUGAGAUUCGAUUCCCCACAGUCUGUGUGAUCGAUACUGAUUUGCAUCGCGCUCUGCGGGUGCCGGUAAAUGUUAAUUACGCUCCCCGCAAGAAACCUUUAUUAACGGAACUGUCUCGUUCCGGGAUGAAACCGCCUUAUCGAUCCUGCAUUAGAUUAGAUUCCGGAGACAAAGAAGUUGGAACAAUCAGCGUGACAGUGAUGGUGUGAAUCAAAUGAACGUAAUUAAGACACGCGAAGAGAAACUUGCAAGGAUAUGCCAAAGGAAAUGCAAGACUUUUAAUAAUAUUCGUUAUAUCCAUUCUUUCUGGAAUAAAAAAAAUUAUAAACGGAAUAUUCUUUUUUUUUUGUAAAUUUUCUAAGCGAUGUCAAGAACGUUACCUUCAACGCUACGUGAGUUCUUGAAACGUGUCACGGUUAAGCAAAGUUCAAGUGGCACCUCAGGUCAAACUAUGCUCACUUUGUGUAAAGUAUUCCAGGAAUAUUCGUAGCUGGAGUAAGACUCCGCUUCGAGAGGUACAUAUAUCAACUGCCUCGUGGAAGCUUCUUCCUGAUUGGAGGAAUUUCGUCACUCUAACAUCCAGUGUCAUAAAACACCUUGGAGGCGAUAUAAAAGUUUGGUAGUGGCGUCGGAGCCGAUGUCAUAAUCUUUCAUCAUGCGUGGCGAGCUGACGCUAACGAAGUAGCCAAUUAGGCGUCCUACCGGUGCAUGGGUUUUAUAUAUAUAUAUAUACACAUACGUAAAUAUCUACAUAAGGUGUCCGAAAGAGAGGGUAUCGACAAGCGCAACGUCCGGUGCGGCCUCGUAAAAUCGGGCGCAUCCGGAGAUACGAAAAGUGAAAGUGUGCGUUUUGCACAAGAUGACGGUAACCCCGUCCCCAGGAUAACGGCGAACGGCAGCUGGCGUCAGUGUAUCGCGGCGACGAGCACCGGUCGCACCGCAAGCGUGUCAUCGCAAGUUGGAUUUUAAUAGCCGCGUUAAUUCUCGAAUCCCCACUGCACUCCGCUGGAAGGAGUUUUCGCCAUUGUCUUUAAUAAUUCAUGACACCGUGACGGUGCGCUAGCGCGCGCGCGUGAGCACACGCGCGCGCACGGGAUGCGCGUUAUGCUCCGGUUUUCUUCAAGGCCGAGGGUACGUCGAGGGUGCGGAAGAAGGAAGUGGGGUCCGUCCCCGCGGAACUGAUGUUGCUUCGCGCUCGGUCUCGUCGUCUUCCGGCCACGUGGACGCUACGGGGAGGACAUGGAAACUAUAUUGAAUUACCUGAAUCUGUGGAACAAGAGUAUCAGUCAGCGCUGGCGGAAGCUGCGGCGAAGAUGCUCCGUGCAGGAGUCGUCGGAACCGCAGGAGGCGCUGAUACAGGGUGGCGGGAAUCGCGGUGUUAUACACGCGGUGAGAUCGACGCCAGCCAGCAGAGAAGCCUCGCCGGCCGCGAAGAGUCUUCAGGAUGGUAGCUCGCCGAAGAAACUGCUGCAAACUAGUUCCCUAAGGCUGCCAGGCACGACGAAGGGGAUCGCCGAUAUCCAGCACGUGCUCCGCAAUAAGUUUAGCAAGAUAAACGCCGGCAUCAGGAAGCGAAAAGCGCUCAGUGUGACGGAGGUGUUUCCGCAGCAGAAGGACAAUGCCUCGAAUUUCUACGUGCCGAGUCCCCUCACCUCGUCUUCCAGCCAGACCUUCGAGGACAAUCGUUAUGAUUCCAGCGAGCCUACGUCCUUACCACCGUAUCCUUUCCACGAUAACUUGGAGACCUUGGCGGAGAGCAGUGUCCCGAGCUCACCUCAUUGCAACGGCAAUAGCUUUGCCUACUCCCAGGACGGCUACGAGCAGAAAGACCUUUACGAGAACGUUAUGUUCUCGAGGUCUUCGCCGUCGUCCUGCUGUCCAAGGACUCGGCCCGUUCUCCAGCGCAGCAAUUCGGAGAACCGCGAGACCAGCGUGCACGAUCACUCUUAUGAGAACAUGCGCUUUCAACGAGCCGGCGCACAGCGAGACGAUCUGGCCUCGGGAAGCCCGUACGCGGGUCGACACUUGGCCAGGAGCAAUUCCGAGACCAGGGAGCACUCGUAUGAAAACGUGCACUUCCUGAAUGCGAAGAUCAGGAACCAGUCGGAGCCGUCGUUCGAGGAGAUACACAUACCCAGAGUGACGCCCAGAAAAAGGUCUACCGAUUUUAAGGUCGGCGGACAAGUGAAUAAUUAUUCAGGUGAGGCUACGUUGAGCUCCGGUAGUGGUAACAAGGAAGAAGCGCCGGUCAGUCUGGGUACGGAGAGAAGUUCUGGCAAGAGAAACCCGAGGAGGCUCAACAGUAGAAGCGUCGCGAAUAUUCCUAGCUCUUCGGGUGCGAACUUAAAGACUUGGCAAGGUACUCAAGACGCCGACGAAGGUCUGAACACGGACUCGGAGCUCGAGGACAUUGACGAAGCUGCCGAGGGAGAGGAGUCGCGUUUUUGUACCUUGCCAAGACCUAGUAAGAGCGGCGCAUCCUUUACGAUACUGACCGCCAGAUUUCUCAAGGGUCCCGGGCACAAGGGACUUGGCUUCAGUAUCGUCGGCGGUACCGACAGUCCUCGCGGAAAUAUGGGUAUCUAUGUGAAAACCGUAUUUCCUAAUGGCCAAGCCGCUGACUUAGGCACUGUCAAGGAAGGGGACGAAAUUUUAUCAAUAAAUUCGAAACCUCUUCAUGGUAUGACCCACGCCGAGGCGAUUGCCGAAUUUAAAUCCGUCAAAGCUGGAGACGUCGUCCUACACGUGGGACGUCGCGUGAACAGGAAAAAGAAAGAAACCUUGACUUUGGCACCGGUUAAUCCCUCCGUCCCGAGGCAACCUGUCACGUGAAUUCGAGAACAUAGCAACGAUUUUUUUAUUUGCUGAAGUUUCACGAAUUCAGUCUUUUACUCUUGAGAACAUUCAUAAACAUAGCAAUAUCGAUAAUUAUUGCUGGCAAUAAUACGUGAAAGGUCAAGGCAAACUGUGAGUUAUCUCUAUUUUCUUAAGCUUCGAAUCGUGAAACAAAAUUGCGUCAUACAUAUAUCUUUAGAUUUUAAUAUUGCAUCUCGCUUUUGUGUUUUAUUUCACUAAAAGCAAGAUAAGAUUGCAUAUAAAUAUAAAAUUUAGUACAGGACGAUUUAGAGCGUCGAUCAAUUCUUUUAACAGGUAUUUAAAAUAAUUUAUUAGUUACUAUACCUUUUUAAACACGGAAAUUUGUUUUCAGCGGUUUUUUUACAUCUUCCAAUAUUUUUCUAUUUUUGUUGUUUCAGAUCAAGUCAAAAGUUGCAACUAAAUCUGAUUAUUUUUCUAUACAGUUUGGUCGUAUAUUUAUUAAAAGAAAUGCAGUUUAAAAUAUGCAAAUUUGUCUCAUGACUUCAGAAUAAAAUUUAUAAAGAUCAAUGAUAAAGUGUGAAUAUAUUUUAAACUGCAAUAAGUUUUGAUAAAAUUGUAAGGAGUUUAUUCAUUCAUGUAUAUACAUAUCCGAAAUAAGAAUCUUGAAUCAGAACAUCUUAUUUUUUUAAUAUAUACGAGACAGAGUCUGGAAAAAUAAAGUCUCACUCUUACAUAACAAACAUAAUCAAACGGUGAGGCGAACACUGUCGAAUCAAAACAUGUUUUAAUUGUACCGAUCUACUCGGUACCCUAUAUUAAGGAUUAAUGUUUAUCACUAAAUUUAUAAUCAUCUUAUCUAGAAACAUCGACAUAAUGAAGAAUUAUUGAAGCUUUCAAUCGCAUUUUCUCACGUUUACUUAUACAUCACGAUAGGAAAUAGUUGAAUUAAAUACACUGAGAGAAAUUUGGCUAUUUACGAAACAGAAUGCAACGCAACGAAGUCCUCCAGUUAGUAAUUAGCAGACGAUUUAUUUUUGUAAAACGAAUAAAAAUGUUCCGCGAUUUUUUGUACAGUCAAUGACUAGCAAAGCGACAUUUAUUAAUGUGUGUAUGCCAAAUCAACGAAAUAAACGUAAUCGAACGUACGUAUCAAUUGCACGAUGGAAACUAUCUAUAACGGCCUGUUAUGUAUAACGAAAUUAUAAUGAUUUGAUUUUGUCUUUGGAGACAACUCUUAUUAGAUGAAAAAUAUGUAAGUUUAUUAAAAUAUUAUACAAUUUUUACCAAAACGUUUUGAUUAUAUUUAAUAAAAAAAAUCAGUAAUAUAACAAUUCAAUUAGGUUAAACGGUUGUAAACUAUCUACAUAUAUAAUAUUUAAUAAAUAUAUUUUUUAUCUAAUAAGAAUCUUUGUUGCUCGAUUUAGUCUUUUAUAUUUAUCUAUUGUUUAACAAAUUCGAGCCGAGCAUACAAUUUGAUCUUCUUUUGUUAUAUUAAUUAUUUUUAGUAUUAUAAUAACAAAAAUACCAACAUAAUAUAAUUACAUUAAUAAUAAUGUUACAAUAAUUUAGUAUAUAUGAAUUUAUUGAUACUUAAGGAAGCUUUGUCUUUUGUCAUUUUUAUUCUGAAAUCUUCUUUACGCAGGCCGGUGCAAUUAGAUAGACGACAGGAAAUCCAAAGCCAAAACUUUAUCGCAGCGUUAAGGAAGAAAUUACUUUUUAACUGUAGACUAACGAAGAUCGCCCAAAGAUAAAGCCCAAAAAAUAUUUUUACUACAAAGACGAAACUUGAGAAAGCGCAUAUCUAUAUAUUAUUAUACGUGUAUAUAUAUAUAAUAUAUAUACACAAACACACACAAACACACAAACACACACACACACACACACACACACACACACACACACACACACACACACACACACACGUAUAUAUAUACAUUUUUUUGAUCGAGCGAGAAACGCGCUUUAUGUAAAGAAAAAGUAACAUUAUUAGUAUCUAGUCGAUUUGUAAUAUUUUUGUUCUUCAAAGCCCAUUUUGUAGUCACAAAACGAAAGAAAAAUAAGAAAAAAAUUUUAUAAAUAAGUACAGAUAUAUACACAGUGAUAAAUACAUCAAAAUCAUACGUGUAUAUUUCUUAUAUCGAUUUUUCCAGGUGUAACGAAUCGUAUAAUCGAUUGAUAGAUUAAUAAUUAGGAUUUAGGAUCGCCGCGCUAAUUCGAUAAAAGUAGUGUACGCUCCCGCACAAUAAAACAUUUUUAAUUAAA